AUGGCAUCUUUCAACAAAUUUAAAAACGUGCUAAUGCUGGCAUUUGACUGGAUUCUGUAUGGUGCUGGUGCUACAGAUACCUGCCAAGUCACUGUAACACAACCCAGAUUUCAGGAAGCUGACUACUCCAUGUACACUGUGUUCCUAACAUGUGCUUUCUCUGCCUCUGGAUGCUCCUCGUCCCGACCUCAAGUUCUAUGGUUUCGCUUUUUAACUAAUAAACACGAGGAUUUGUGUACUCCUGGAUGCACAAAUCACCAGAAGUACCAAGUACAUGUAUUUUCAGAAAAUAACAUUUCACUUCAGAUCAAUGAUCUGACUGCAGAUGACAAUGCUGUUUAUAUCUGUGGAAUAGCAUUUUCAGAUUCAAGUUCACCCCGUUCUAAACAAACAGGAGAUGGAACAGUACUAACAAAAACAGGAACAGAGAAGCAGCACAGCAAUGGAAAACUCAUCUUCAUGAUCAUCGCCUCAUCGUUACUGUUUCUAUACAGCACUACUGUAUUCACAUUCUUUGUAGUAUACAAGUUAAAACCAAACCUGCUAAAGAAAAGUGGGAAUGAAGACCAAAGAACAGAGAACUGUAAAAUCAGUAGUGGACGAAAAAUUUUUCAAGCAAUUGCCCAAGAACUUCAAAAGCAGAGGUAUGCUGAACAUUGCCAACAGCCUGAUGAUCUGGAAGAUGACACCGUUUAUCAGAACAGAUGAGCAUGUGCAGCAGUUCAGAUUUGUUCAAUAUUUCUCAUGCAACCAAAGGGGCAGAUGAAGAAGUUAAGCUUCUUCACAGACUUCCUUUGCUUUAAAAAGAGGAGAAAACCUUGCAGGGUAGUGUUCUUCAAGAGUAUUUUCUAAACAGAUCACCAAAACCAAGGGCAUUGUACAUUACACCUAUGUUAUACAGUACUUCCAUUUUCCAUUCUGCAAGAACAAGAACCGUGGGAAAAGACUUCAUCUUCCAUAAGAU